CCCUUUGUGUUGCUGACCGCCAGUCAAUCAAAAUAGAAACAAAUCUUGACAGUUAUCACCUUUUUCUACGCGGCUGCCGUCAAUACUAACUAGCGAUCAUGUCGGGUUGGUUGUAACUGUGAAAACUAUCCGUUUGACGGCAAGUCACGCCAUGACUGCGCCAGAACAGCCGCUGAAAGCCGAUGAAAUGGCUGCUUUGGACGUCAACAGCAGCCAGAGCAACUUUUUGCAACAUGAAGACGGCGCGGGCAGUCAGGACAUUGACUCGUCGCCCCUCGACCUGCUUGCAAGCACCUGCACUAAGGUGGGCUCACCGGCAUCAGAGGUGGACAGAGGUGCUGCCACUGGCGUGACUACAGAUCAGACAUCUGCUCAGCUUGCAGUGUCUGAUAAAUGGGAGGUGCUAGCCCCUAACACGGGCGCAAAGGAUGACCCUGGUAUGAUACAGAUUCAAGGCCAAGGAAUAUUAACGUCAAACGGACAGUACGUUCUUCCUCUCCAGAGUUUGCAAAAUCAGCCAAUAUUUGUGUCUUCGGGAAGCGACACUGCCUCUGCCAGUUCAGUGCCUAACAUUCAGUACCAAGUAAUUCCUCAGAUUCAGACGACAGACGGACAGUUGAGCUUCGCCACCACGGGCAUGGAAGGAGCGAGUCUGAGUCAGGAUGUGGCUGGGCAGAUUCAAAUUUUGCCUGAUGGUAGCCAGGGUCUCGGUGUAACAUCCACUGCAAGCAUCCUUCCGAACAACCAGAACCUCAUAUCACAGACUGGAAAUAUCCAACAGAUCCAGGGGAUUUCUAUUGGCGGCUCUGCAUUCAACAACCAGGGUCAGGUUGUUACUAAUGUGCCUGUGGGUUUGCCAGGGAACAUCACUUUUGUUCCUAUUAACAGCAUAGACUUAGACGCGCUCAGCCUAUCCGGAGCCCAGACGAUAGCGACGGGCGUCACUGCCGACGGCCAGCUAAUCAUGGCAAACCAACCGGCGACUGGCUCUGAGAAUCAGGAGAAGACAGUCGACCCCCUCUCACAAACUCUACCAGUAAAUGACACCAACCCUGAGCUUUUCGUGCCGACGUCUUCCUCACACCUACAAAAUCCCACCAGUGAAGCGAGUCUCCUGACCCAAGACGCCACAUUGUCGACCGUGGCCACACAGCAGUCCGACUCAACCGCCGGCCUCCAACAGGGCUUCAUCCACCAGACCCAAGAGCAGAACACCCAAGUGACAUCCACUCAGCCUAUCGUCCAGCUGCAGCAGGUGCCGCUGCAGACCACCAACGGGCAGGUAGUCCAGUCUUUGGCUACGGGCGGCCAAGGCGUGCAAAACCUUCAGCUGAUCAACCCUGGGACCUUCAUCAUCCAAGCCCAGACGGUGACUCCGUCAGGCCAGAUACAGUGGCAGACCUUCCAGGUGCAAGGUGUCCAGAACCUGCAAAACCUUCAGCUUCCCACCACAGUCCCUCAGCAGAUUACUCUGGCUCCAGUCCAAACCCUCUCACUGGGUUCGGGUUCAGUCGGCACCAACUCUGGGCAGAUCCCCAACUUACAAACAGUGACCGUCAACUCGGCGACACAACAGGAAGGAACUGCAGACACAACUGAAAAUGUCCGGAUAAAGGAGGAGCCAGAAUCGGGAGACUGGCAGCUAAGCUCUGAUUCAACCCUUAACACCAGCGACUUAUCCCACCUUCAGGUCAGGCUGGUGGAGGACGAAGAUUACAUAGGUCUGGGAGGCAAGCGGCUGCGAAGGGUGGCGUGCACUUGCCCCAACUGUAAAGAGUCUGGUGGGAGGGGAUCUGGCGUGGGGAAGAAAAAGCAGCACAUCUGCCACAUCACAGGCUGUGGGAAAGUGUACGGAAAGACGUCACACCUGCGAGCACACCUGCGGUGGCAUUCCGGGGAGCGACCUUUUGUCUGCACCUGGAUGUACUGCGGGAAGAGGUUCACGCGCAGUGACGAGCUGCAGAGACAUAGAAGAACACACACAGGCGAGAAAAAGUUCGUAUGUCACGAAUGUUCCAAGCGCUUUAUGAGGAGCGACCACCUGGCUAAGCACAUCAAAACCCACCAGAACAAAAAAGGAGUGAACUCUGGGAGCGCCAUGGUAACGUCAGUGGAGUCGGCGGGGUCCUCAGACAGCCUCAUCACCACUCCGGGUGGGACCACCCUCAUCCUAACCAACAUCCAGCAGGGCUCCAACAACGCCCAGGACAUCUUGGCCAACGCAGAGAUCCCCCUGCAGCUCGUCACCACCUUAGCUGCCAGUGAAGUCAUGGAGUGAUUGAUGCUUCCCGCUGGGACUCGCGUGACACCAUUCUCGUAUACUCCUACCUGCAUUUUUAUUCCAGUUUUGAAGAGAAAAAAAAACCAAUAUAUAUUUUACCAUUGAAAAAUAAAAUCCUGUCCACUUUAUACCAUGAAUGGUGGUAAGAGUAGAAAAAGACAUUGCAGUAAUUACACAAUUAAAUGCCUUAUUUUGUACAAUACAGUAUAGUUGUAGUUCUAUGGUGUUCUCAAUCAACUUUGUUAAUGAUUUUCACCUUUUCUUAUCUUCGUUCUGUCCUUGUUGCCCUUUUCUGUGAGCCAAAACUAAGCUUCUCCAAGUACAAUUACUGUAUUUGAUGCAAAUGUAUUUAAGAUUUUUUUUUUUCUUUGUGUUGAAUUUUCCCACAGAGUGCUUCCAGUUAAUCGAUUCUCAUAUUGCAAUUUUUUGGGUGGAAACAAUCAGCAGUUUUACUAAUGUCACUUCAAAAGGACCAACACAUCAUUGGAUUAUUUCAUACUUUUCAUUGAACAGAUCUUUGUGAUGGCAAUGUAAAUUUGUGUUUACGCCGAGAGGUUUCAUCAAGAAUAGGUUAAAUUUUGUGGAGAUUGUAUUUUUUCAAGCCAUUUUUGGUGAUAGUUGCCAAAUUUACCUAAAACUCAGGGUGAGUUUUGACUGCAUUGACACAAAUGGAAUAGAAGUCCCCUAUAGCGUCUUACUUUUGGGACAAAUCUUUUCAGAUGGACCAAAAGCUCAGAAGAACGACAGCACCUCCAUUAUGCCUGCUCUUGUUUAAAAAAAAAAAAAAAAUAGCCAUGUGGUUUUUCAUUUGGCAACAACACAUUUCUUGGACCGUAUCUCAGCUGUGCAAUUCACAAUCAGUCCAAUUUAAGUGUAAAUGACAUUUUGAAGAUGGUACUUGGGGUUCUGAACAGCACUGUUCUCUUGUAUUGAUUUAUUAUCUGCAUCCAAGUCAGCGAAUCUCUACUUGUAUAGAUUUUGAUAUGAAAUGUGUUGCAUUCCCAUGUUAAAUAUUUCUGCCCCCAGCUUCCAAAGGAAUGGGUGAAAUGAGUUAUUACGUUUUUAUAUAAUAAUCGUCUUCAACUGACACUCAGUUCCUUGUGUACUAAGAAAUGCAGUUUUUACUUGUUUAGAACUGUACAAAAAACAUGUCUAUAAUGUCAUUAUAAAAAUUUCUGUUACACUUGAAUUUUCAAAUUUUUUUUAAACGUAGAG